AUACACUUAGGCCACGCUUAAUCGAACCACUCGCGCUGUAUGUGAUAUUACGACGGUCUCUUACUGUAACUGAUGCUGAAGAUGCAACAUGUGCUUUCCGGCUAUUUUACCAAAGCAAUUAAGAUAUAGUUAAUUAUAAGAACUUAUUACGUUUUCUCUGAAACUCGACCCACGUUGCUAUUAUAUAUUUUGUUGAAAUAUGGAGCACAACAAAUCUGCACUAACUAAUGGGUGCUUGCCAAAUGGGCAUAAUAAUAUAGAAAAAUUAGUACCCAGUAAGAAUAUGGUCCCUAGUUUAAAUGGUUGUGAUCCUGGUGCAAUAUUUAUUAUGGAAGAUGAUGAUCACCAGACAGUAUUACUAAAUUCACUUAACAUGAUGCGCAAAAGUCGAACAUUUUGUGAUGUUAUAUUAAAUGUGGGCAAUUGUGAGUUACAUGGUCAUCGUGCUGUGUUGGCCAGUUCGAGUCUAUUUCUGAUGGAGAUGUUUAGUACUGAUGAUGAAGAGAAGAAAGGUUCACAACGAGAAGCAAUAACCACAUACUCAUUGAAUGCUACUGGACCACUCAGUGAUUGUUCUGCUGUUGAGAAGCUCAUCGAAUACACCUACACAUCUCGCCUGGAAGCAAAUAUUCAUCAAGUAAAAUCAAUAUUUCAAGCAGCUUGUUAUUUGAAAAUGGACCGUAUUGCAAAAGAAUUAGCUCGCUUCAUACUGAAACAUUUAAAUGUUGAUAACUGCAUUGAGAUACGUUCUCUUCCUUGUAUAUCAACAAGCAUAUCAUUUAUAAAUCAAGUUAACUCCUUUAUAUCAGCACAUAUGAAAGAAAUUUCUGAAACAUCUGCUUUUCUAUCUUUACCAUGCAUACGAAUUGAAAUUUUAAGCCAAACCAAACAAGAAAUGUCUUUAAGUACAGGGGAUUCAGUAUCUCAAUUGGUGUUAGAUUGGAUUAAGCGAUGUUAUGAUGAAAAUGAACCAACAAUAUUCUUUAACGCACUUAUGGAAAAAACUUACAUGUUAUACUUGGCUUUAGAUAAUAUAUUGCAAGAUUGUUCUGAACUCCCAUCUGGAGAAUUAAGUGAUACAGAAAUAGUUCAGGAUUAUAAAAAAUUAUCGAAAAAAACCACCUCUAUUCCUAAGACUAGACGUAAAGGUCAAAUACAACCACCUGCUAAAUCUAGAGUUUUAAUUUGCAAUCGUGAAAUACAUGAAAGAAGAGAAAGUUUUAUUGAUAGUGAUUGGACUAUACUUGGGGUUACUUGUGUUGGGGAACAUACUUUUUCUGCAUUGGGAUCACUGAAAGGUCAAUUGUGUUCAUUGAGUAUAAAAUUAAAAUUAAAUAUUUCUAUGAUAUCGUCAAAUCCACCAUCCACUCAACCAUCACCAUUAAACAGUCGAGCUGAAUCUCAGGAAUCUUUGCCAGAUCUUUAUUGUGCUCUUGCUCACAUGUCAUCUGGAAAAUGUGCUAUUGGUUGUGCUAAUUUCAAAAACAAUCUAUUAGUAUGUGGAGGAUAUGACCGAACUGAAUGUAUAAAAAGCGUAGAAUCCUAUGAUCCUGAACAAAAUGUUUGGGAAUCUGUUGAACCUAUGUGUGAAGCACGUGGACGAUUUAAUAUAGCAGUCUUGAAUAAUAAAGUAUAUGCAGUUGGAGGUUGUAAUGGAACAACAGAAUUGGCCACAGUUGAAUGUUAUGAUAUGAUUAAAAAAAAAUGGUCACCUGUAACAUCUUUACCACUUGCUCGGUCAAACCCUGGUGUUUGUGAACUCAAUGGUAAAAUAUAUUGCAUUGGGGGUUGGAAUGGUCAAGUUGGAAUUAAACAAAGUGAUGUGUAUGAUCCAAAUACAAAUCAAUGGUCUAGUAUUGCUCCAUUGUUAACAGGAAGAAAUCAGGCUGGCGUGUGUGCAAUGAAUGGUAAAAUCUAUGUUGUGGGUGGCUGUGAUACUUGGAACUGUUUAAAUACUGUUGAGUGUUAUGAUCCUGAAACAAAUACAUGGUCAUUCAUUAAACCUAUAAUUACUCCUCGGCGUGGUUGUGGACUUGCACAUAUAAAAGGAAAAUUGUAUGUAGUGGGUGGUUCAGAUGGCACGCAAUCUUUAGCUACCACAGAAAUGUUUGACCCUAAUGAACGAACAUGGAGUCCAGGGCCAAAUAUGACUACACCUCGAUCAAAUGUUGGAGUGGCUGUUGUUGGAAGUAGAUUAUAUGCUGUAGGAGGAUUUUCUGGUAAAAAAUUCUUGAACAGUAUUGAAUUUUUAGAUGAAUCUAUGGAUGAAUGGUCUAAAUUUAGUCCAAGAAAUAAUUGUUCAAAAUCAGCAUCUCCACUUCCAACCAGUGAUACAUUUUAUAAUUACAGUGAUUGUGAUUUAUUAGAUGGUUAUUCUACAAAUGGUGUAAUUUAGUACAGAAAUUUUAUUUCAUAAUUUUUUUUUUUAUAUAUUUAUUAAUUAUUUUCAGUGUUCUAAAAUAUUCAC